CGGGAAAAUUUCAAAUUAUUUACUGACCGUUAGAAAAUUUGAAUUACAAAAAAUCGUUAAAUGAUAAAUCCUUUCUGUAUGGAAAUUCAUUGCAACAAAUUAUUUAAUUAUACUAUAAUUAAUUUUUUCGUAGUGCAACUUAUAGCGGGAAAAUUUCAAAUUAUUUACUGACCGUUAGAAAAUUUGAAUUAAAAAAAACCGUUAAAUGAUAAAUCCUUUCUGUAUGGAAAUUCAUUGCAACAAAUUAUUUAAUUAUACUAUAAUUAAUUUUUUCGUAGUGCAACUUAUAGCGGGAAAAUUUCAAAUUAUUUAUUGACCUUUAGAAAAUUUGAAUUACAAAAAAACCGUUAAAUGAUAAACCCUUUCUGUAUGGAAAUUUAUUGCAACAAAUUGUUUAAUUAUACUAUAAUUAAUAUUUUCGUAGUGCAACUUUUAACGGCAAAAUUUCAAAUUAUUUAUUGACCGUUAAAUAAUAAUCCUUUCUAUAUAAGCAUUCAUUGUAACUUUUUGUUAAUUACACUAAAAUUAAUGAUCUUCUAAUCUUCUCAUGAUCUGUAAAUGAACGCAAAAUAAUUACAUAAUCAAAUACUGAUCGCUAACACAAAAAUGCGCUUAAGUCCCUCGAUCAAUAACACGAGGACUUCUGUAAUUUUUUUAUCAAAAAAAGUAUGCAAUAAAAACUGGAACAAAAGCUCAAAUUCCUAUCAACGCUCCCAAAGAAAAUUCUCUCAAUUGCUUCAGUCAUUUUUAAUCUCUAAAAAUGAACACAUUAAAAAAAAUUAGUUUAAUACUUUUUCUAUCGACAACUUAUUCAAAACCUCAACAAAAUAGCUUUUUAAUCGGAACUAAAUGCAUUACAAGAGCUAAUGAGACAGGAGUUUGUAAGUAUUACAAAAAUUGUCAUCAUUUGGCAGAAAAGGUUAGAAAUCGAAUCGUUAAGCAAGAAGACAUUUUUAAAUGUGACUCACAGGGAGUCAUUUGCUGCACUCCGGAUGUUCCGACUACGACUACUAGAAUUAUUAAUAAUUACGCUAUUCGAUUUCAAUCUCGAAUUGGAAUAAAAGGCAAAAUUAGUAAAGAAAGUAUGCAACGUUUUAAACGGAUCGGUUGGUUUGGAAUAGAUUUAAAAAUAAUUUUUAUUUUUACAGAAUGUCGGGAGUACUCAAAAUACACCAAAAAAAUCACUCACAUAGCGGGUACUAGUUCUAAUCCAGAACCAAUAGCAACAAUUACUGAUAAAUGCCAACACAAUUACAUUCAGUUGGUUGUAGGAGGCAAGUCAGCUCAUCAACAUGAAUUUCCACAUCAAGCUCAUAUUGGAUAUAAAACACAAACGGGAAUAGAAUGGUCAUGUGGUGGAUCUCUAGUGUCUUCAAAUUACGUCCUUACUGCUGCUCAUUGCAAUGACAGUAAACAUAAUGGAAAGAUUAAAUUUAUCAAGCUUGGAAUGAUUGAUCGUUUACAAAAUGAUAACAAUGUGUUCAUUUAUAAUGUCACAAAAGUAAUUAAACACCCGCAAUAUAGUCCAAGAACAUUUAACAACGAUAUUGCACUUCUAAAGUUAGAAAAUGAUGUAAAUUUUAGUGAAUUUAUCUAUCCAAUUUGCUUGCCAACAAGACAGCAUAAUGAACCAAAUGUUAUUCUCACAGGAUUAGGAAAAACUGGAGGCAGUGAUGAACAAUCUCAAAAGUUGAUGAAAGUUGAGCUGAGAAAAUUCUCAAACAAGGAAUGUCAAGAGAUAAUUGAAACUAUUAAUAUUACUAGAAAUAUGAUGUGCUAUGGAAGUCGCGUGGAACAAAAAGAUUCAUGUGGUGGCGAUUCCGGUGGUCCAAUCCAAAUUCUAAACGAUCGGGAAUCAUAUUGUACAUACAAACUUAUUGGAAUUGUAAGUUUUGGAUAUGCAAACUGUGGAAUGAUUGGAGUUCCAGGUGUUUACGUCAAUGUGUAUAACUAUCUUUCUUGGAUUGAGGAUAUUGUUUGGAAUAAUGCACGCUAGCUGCUUGAUCUGAAUUUAUUUAUUUAUGUUGA